UUCAAUUCAGUUUCUAGUAUUGGUCGUCAUCUUCCUGCUUGAAAUAUAUAACGCUUUCGAGCGUCUUAGCACUUGAUGAUACAAGUUACUCAUCGCAGCCGACGAACGAUUCCUCUGCACUUAUACAAGAAUGAGCUUCCCAACCAACUUGGUUCUACAAUUUUUUAUUCUAAUUUCGGCGAAUUUACAAGCAAUGUGUGUUAUUUCAGUGUCCAUGACAGAUGAAUAUCAUACGGGUCUGCUGACGACACUUUUUAAUGGGUCGAGAUACGACACGCGAGUGCGUCCUGUCCGGGACCCGAAGACCGUCACGGAAUUGGAACUCCAAUUCUUUAUUGCCCAUGUGCUGGAUAUGGAUGAACGAAAGCAGACACUUACCAGCAGUACUUGGUUGACAAUGAUUUGGAUGGACGAAUUUCUGACAUGGGAACCGAGCGAAUACGGAAAUAUAACAAAGAUUGUUGUACCGGCUAAAAAUAUAUGGCUUCCUGACAUCUAUUUUUACGAGAGCGCUACACAAUCGCAUCGACACUUCAUGGAAACUGAGUUGGCCAAGAUCCACUACAACGGGAAGAUUAUGUGGGGCGCACCCGUCAUAUUCAAGGGUUACUGCUUAGUUCGAGUCAAAUAUUUCCCAUUUGACAACCAAGAAUGCCAGAUGAAGUUUGGUCCGUGGCAGCAUAGUGGCCACGAAUUGAUUAUUAACGGCACCGGAUAUGCGGAUGUGUUUGUCAGCAAUGGUGAGUGGGAUAUGUAUGAUCUAUCUGCUAAGAACAACGUCGAAUAUUAUCCUGACGACCCUGGCGUACCAUUCACCGAUGUUACAUUUACAAUCUAUUUUCAACGUCGGUCUCUAUAUUACGUAUUUCAUCUAAUCACACCUUGCUUCCUAAUUGCAAUUAUGGCAUCUUUGGCGUUCCUUCUGCCACCUGAGUCCCAGGGCAAAGUGAACAUGGGUGUCACAUUUUUAUUGUCUAUGACUGUGUUUCUGAUGGUUGUGGCCGAUGCUGUGCCGCAUACAAACGAAGUGCCCAUUAUCGGUCAGUACUUCGCCAUCACCAUGAUUCUUGUGUCCCUUUCCCUACUUAUGAAUGUAACUGUUGCUAGUUUGUAUUACCGCGGGAAUGAGGGCAGAUACUUACCAACAUGGGCGAAAAUGAUGAUCCACCGGAGAAUAUUAGCGAUUUUGCGAAUCCCAACUAAGCACUUGCAGUUAAGUGAAGAUGAUUCUUCGCCAGGUUAUGGAAAAUACUACAUGAUGCAGGGCCGAAAACACAAAGAGCGUAACGGUUAUAUGAAAAAAACUAAAGAUAAAUUCAACGAAAUGCACAUGACACCGUUAGUAACGCCGCCGUCUUACGAGGGCGUGCUUCAAGGAGAAACCGUGGUACAUGCGUCAAAGUCGUCGGACGAAGUACGACUCAUGUCGAGCAUGCUCAAAGAACUUGGUAUCAUCAAAGACCUACUCAAGAACAAAGCUGGAGAAGAACGAACCACAACUCAGUCCAACCACAAACGGAUCAAGAACGAGUGGUUGUUGCUGUCAAGGGUACUGGACAGAUUCUUCUUCUUCGUGUACGUAGUUGGAAACUUAUUAGCCCUUUUCUUAUUACUUAUCGGCAUUUAUAACUAGGUAGGCCUGAAUCCUCAAACGCAGAAAUCAAAAGCGAUAUCAAUAUUCAUUCAAACGUAUAAUGUGUGGUCAAACCUAAGUAACCGGUCGCCAUGAUGAUGACGUUAGAGAACCGUGUCGGUCGAAUGUAUGGCACAACUUCACAAUGUAGGCCUAUGAGUUGUGCAUCAAAAUUACUGACAGCCCGCAGUUUACAGGAGACAAAAAUGCGUGUAUGGAACAUUGAUACAUCGUAUAUAUAUGUGCCUGUAUGUGAUUACAAAAUUAAAUUGCUUUGCAUAGUGUAGGCCUAUAAUUCAUCAGAGCGACCGAUGUUGACUUCUUUUCUGUAAAUCCGAGUCAUGCAAAUCUUUGUUUCAACAACCAUACUGUUGUUAAGUAUCAAUAACGGUACAGCAAGAGAUACUGACAAUAAGUAAUGUAUACUACGCAAAGAGGUUAUAUAUCGCUCCCAGGAUAACCCCAUUUCUUAUGUUUGCUAUAAUGAUUUAGCAGCACUAAAUCUACAAAAACUAAAGAAAUUGUGAUUAGGUCAGCACAACUAUCCAUGUGGCAAGACGUGAGUGAUCAUUAUUCAAUUACAUGACAUAAUCGCCAAUAUUAACAUGUAGCUAUUAUAACAUUGUUAUGGAUGGUUAAUUGGUGAGGCGUUUGUAGACCGUGUACUCCCGGGCACAGUACGACCUUAUACGAGCAAUAAAGAUGUUUGGGUUAAGAUGUUUGACGCAAACAAUUCUUGAUUAUUGGAUAAAUUACGACGGAAAUACAGUAAUGUUGUAGCAAUUGUGUCUACUUAAAUCCGACGAUUUUUGUUUUUCCUUUUGCACGAGAAUUAUGCUUUCAAAUGCAGUUGACGUUUAUUGUAUAUUUUCGACGAAUGCUUUACUUUAAACUGCCUAGAGAUCAGUUUACUUAAAAUCUAAGAAAAUUUGUUCCAGUUAACACGGCAUCGCAUUAACAUUAACGAAUUAUUAGCCGGCAACGACUGUAAAUUAUGAUUCUUAAGUACACGGCAAGCGUUUGUACUCCGUGAACUUCUAAUAUAGCAGGCACAUCAAUGCUUGCUCUAACUAAUUCAGAUGCAUCGCUCUAAAGUAGUCCUACUGUAUGUUUAUAUACGAUUAAAGGCUAACUCAGAUAGCGUCGUACGACGCAGCCCGACGCGAUUUGUUGUCGCGUCGGGCCUGUGUGAGUUAGACGCAGACGCGAUGGUGUGCGUCGGGGGCAGUCGCGUCGUAGAAUAUUAAACAUGUUUAAUAUUUCUCACGACGGCUUAAGACUGUCCCCGACGAUAAAUCGGGUCGGGCUGCGUCGGCCGACGCUGUCUGAGUUGGCCUUAAGAUACGUAGACACGCCUAGCUUUAAAGUCUAUUGGAUGACACGCGCAUUACUAAUUUUUCAAAAACUGUUAAGAUAAGUUACACCAACCAACCCAUACAUCAACGACAAUAACAUAAUUGUGAAACCAAUAAGUGUAAAUACAAUUAUAAAUUCAGUCAAUGUGAGUGAUAUAAAGGCAGCAUUAUCAACUAUUAAAUGUAUGAAAACUAGAAUGAUUAAGCCAUUAGUUGAAAUGUUUAAUGGUAAAAGUGUGUCAUAUUUUUUUAUAUAAAUAAACUUAAUGUCAUUAUUGAAGAAAAAUUGUUAAGAAGGUUCACACAUUCACACUCGUUAAUUUUUAAUUUUCAUCUUAUAAUUUUGGUUCUAAAUUAAGAUAUAACAAAGACAAGUAAAAAUAGCAUUUGUCAG